UCCUGCCCGGCGCUGGCCAUGGGGCGAGUGGCGGCAGCUGGGGCCGGACUGGUGGCACUGGUGGUGCUGGGAGCCCCCCGUGGUGCGGGCGCGGAGCUCUCGGGGGUGUUCCAGUUCAAGGGUUGGGUCGAGUGUCACUUCAGUAAUGGCACGGAGAAGGUGAGAUUGGUGCAGAAGUACAUCUACAACCGGGAGGAGUACCUGCGCUACGACGCCGACGUGGGGCGGUACGAGGGAUUCAACCCCUAUGGGGAGUGGAAUGCCCGGCGAUUCAAUAGCAAUCCGAAAUGGAUGCAGUACAUACCGUCUCGGGUGGACCUGUACUGCACUCACAGCUACGGGUGUUAUACCCCGUUUCUCGUGGAGCGUCAAGUGCUCCCCAGCGUGUCCAUCUCGCUGAUGCCCUCGAGCUCCCAGCCCGGCCCCGGCCGCCUGCUCUGCUCCGUGAUGGAUUUCUACCCUGCCCAGAUCCAGGUGAGGUGGUUCCAGGGCCAGCAGGAGCUCUCGGAGCACGUGGUGGCCACCGACGUGGUGGCCAACGGCGACUGGACCUACCAGCUGCUGGUGCUGCUGGAAACGCCGCCCCGGCGCGGGCUCAGCUACACGUGCCAGGUGGAGCACGUCAGCCUGGAGCAGCCGCUGAGACAGCGCUGGGAGAUGCCGCCGGACGCCGCCCGCAGCAAGAUGCUGACGGGGAUCGGGGGCUUCGUGUUGGGCUCGGUCUUCCUGGCCCUGGGGCUCGGCUUCUACGUGUGCAAGAAGAGCUCCUGAGCCGCCAGCGGCCACAGCCCCUCCCCGUGGCCUCGGGUCCGGCCGGGCCCCCCUGCUCCGUCCCCGCGCUCA